CGCUACCUGUCGAGGCACAGGCACCAAUGACCGUUAGAUUGCUUCAUGCUAAAUAUCGCAUCAGGUGCGGAGCACCCGGAUGUGCGGAUACGGAGAACAUAGCCAUCCGACCUUUCCACAUCCAACGGAUCUGGUAAUCCGACGCUAGAAUGCUUCUAACAGCAUAUAAGGGCCCCAGAUUCCGCCUAUGCCUCUCCACUUUCCGUUCGGCCUCGCGUUGGUCAUCACUUACUCUCCCUUCUUCUUCAUCUUUACCUUCUGACCCUCUUCAUCCGUUCUCCCCACUCUUUUCUCAACAUGUACACUCGCGCAUCUCGUAACGACUCCCAGGGUGCUGAUUUCCAGCAACCAGAACCCUCGUACUUUUCGUCCAGAUCGAAGAGCCCAUACUCCUCGGCAGCCACGACUCCCCAACGUUCGCGCGUUACCACCCCAAGUGGUGAUGUGGACGAGCAAUCGCAGCUUCUGACCCCUAGUGGAAGACCGAAAUUUUUCAGGUUCUCAAGCAAGACCAAGGUCCCUUCACUUGCAAAGCCUGCUUCGCAAGACAAGGGUAAAAGUAAGCUACAAGUGAGGUGGCGAGGUGGCGAUCGCAGAUUGAAUAGCAGCGACUCGACGUAUGCGAAUGAUUCUGCAUCCGAGACAGAAAUUGCAGUUCCUCUUGCCAAAGAUUACAUUUCGACAGCGGUCGACCUCUCUCCCACGGAAUCCAUAUCCAGCAACGACAAAAAACUUGACUCCAAAAAUCCCGAAACCACCUUUGACGACUCUCCGAUUUUGCCAUCCAUUGAGGACAUCGCUGCGGAUGACGAUGAUGUACCCAUCAAAUCCACCGCGGACGUUCACGAUGAAGAAGCCGUCCGUCGCCCAGUCAUCACGCAGGACUUUGCGAUGCCUACUUCCGGCGCGCAUGCCAUACCUCUCCCGCCGCUGUCACGCCAGUCGAGCGCGAAGUGGGCCGACCGCCUCCGACAGCGCUCGUCUGCUAGCCCGCUGCCGCGCACCUCAUCCACCUCAUGCAUUACGUCUGUUGCGCUUCCUACUCUUGCGGUGCCUCAGCCUGUCAAGGCGAGCACGCUGGCCAGGUCCAACAGCGCAUUCUCCUCAACCCCCGAUCUCCGUCGCAGUUUUAGCACCUCGUUGCGCAGCCAGAGCCAGAGCCGACCAGCUAGCAGGAACCUCGACGAGGCGAUCGACUUUGACCGCAUUCGCUCGCCGGCGCCCCUCUCUCGGUCCGUGUCGGUCGUCGACCUCCACAAUCCAUUUAGCGACAGCAGAGAAAUUCUCGUUGAGCAACGGGAUGCGCAGCCUAACCUCCAUCCGUACGUCAGCAUCUCGCCGGAAGGAUCGUCCCAGAGUUCAGAUUCCCUCAACACUUCCGUCGAUAUCGAGUCCGAGUCCGACGAUGAAUCAGAUGACGAAUACGACGAAGAACUUGGCCCUCCUCCCGAUGUCCCGCCCGCGCUCGAGUAUGUCGAUCCCGAAAUAGAGUGCGUCGCGCCGAGCGCAUCAACAGCUACCCUUCCGCUCGCGGAACAGCAGCUGUUAGAUCAGCCCGAGGCCCAGCACCCUUGGACGACUCCGCCUUACAACAUCGUCGAGCGCGAGCCACCGAGCUUCAACCGGUGGAUUGCGGGAUUUAAGAUAUCCAUCAGUUUGGGCGUCGUGAUUAGCUUGUUGGUAGGCUACGGACUCCGGCUCAAAAUUGUUCGCGUCGGUCCGUGGAGUUUUGGAAUGUACGGCCUAUUGCUCGUUGUCGAUUUUAUCGUUCAGACAAUCGCGGCGUCGUUUAAUCGCCGUAGCGUCGUUAAAGUGACGAAGGCAUCGCCUAUCGUGAAGGCUGUUGCAGAGCGCCUGGAGGUGCAGGAUCAACUCCCGCUCACUAACCCCAAACCCCUUCCCGAGUGCAGUAUCGCUGUUGUCGGCUAUCGUGAGGAUGAGGAAGCCUGGACGGCUUGUCUCAAAUCUCUGCAGGCGCAAGAGUACCCAAUCAAGCACAUCAUCGGUGUCGUCGACGGCAAUGAUGGCCCUGACCUCGACAUGGCGAAUGCAUUCGGAAAGGCGUUCCCCGAGGAGCAGCGCCUCAUUUCACAUCUUCCGGUGCUGCUCUCGGUGAUGUACAAAGAAAAAUACUGGGAGCACAUGAAUUCGCUUGCCCACCCGCCCCUCACGCGCUGGGAACACGUUAAGAUGUGGUUCACGCAGAAGUCACGUCCCGGCCAGCAGGAGGCGCACGAGGUUGCAUGGAACCACAUGCUAAACUACGUGCAUUCGAAGGCGACCGAGGAAAGAUGGGCAGACUGGAAGGGGAUUUGCUUUUCUCAACCUCACGGCCACAAGCGCCACGCGAUGUUUACGGCGUUUGUAGUCGGCGCAUACGCACUUGGAACAAAGGAUGCGAUGUUGACCACGGACAGCGACACGUAUGUGUACCCCGACGCGGUGAAGAACAUGAUGGCUCUGCUCUUUAGUGACAGCCGCCUGGCUGGUGUUACUGGCGACGUCCGCAUCUGGAACAAGUCAGAUUCGUUCCUUGCGCUCAUGUCUUCUAUCCGAUACUGGUUUGCGUUUAACGUCGAGCGUGCUUGCCAGAGCGCGUUCGGUUGUGUUGGUUGCUUGUCUGGUCCGCUCGGGCUUUAUAAAUGCUCAGAUCUUAUGUCCGUCCUCGGUCCGUGGAUCUUACAAACCUUUUUGGGUAAGGAGACGACGUUCGGUGACGAUCGCCACCUCACGAACCGCAUCCUGUCUCUUGGGCAUAAGACGGGCUACACCCAAUUAGCUAUGUGCGACAGUGACACGCCGGCUGGCUACGUGCGUUGGGUCAAACAACAGACUCGGUGGUCAAAGAGUUUCUUCCGCGAGGCGUACUGGUUUCCGAAGAGCUUUGCCUACCACAGAUUCUGGUUGACCGUGGAGACCACGAAGCAGUUCCUGUAUCCCAUGGUGCUUACGGCGACGGUCGUGAGCAUGCUGUACAAGCCCUCUAGUUGGAUCCGCCCGCUCAUCUGGCUUGCCACAAUGUUUGGUGUCGCUCUUAUUAAGAGUAUUUACGGAGUGAUCUGCCUGCGGGAUCCCCGGCAGUUCCUCUUCGGUGUUUAUGGUGUUAUGUACUUCUUCGGCUUGCUCCCAUCCAAGCUGUUCGCAUGCUUCACAGUCCACAUCACCAAUUGGGGCACGUCUGCUCGCUCCAAGUCUGAAUUCGCGCGCCCUGAGAGCUUCUUGUCUCGUACCACGCACAUCGGCCAUCUGGUGGUGUGGUAUCUGGUUCUCACCAUCGGACUGGCCUACUUUCUUGCCACCAUCUUCCACCAGCCGCUGUUUUGGUUCGUCGGCAUCCUGGGUGGGGUGCUCACUUUCCAGGCAUACUCCGAUGUCAUCAUUGGCGAGACCAAGUACGGGAUAUACAUGCUGAGGAAGAAGAUGAAGGAGCGCCGUGAGGCAAGAGUAUCCACGGAGGACGUCGACGUGGAGAAGGUUGCUGGCAAGAAGUCAUCCAAGCGCCUUGGUCUGAAGAAGCUCCGUCGCGGAAAGCGUGCGGAGAAGGAGAAGCAAGCCAUAUCGAUUGCCCCUGUCACAGCGGAAGAUGGGGCUUCUGAGGUGGCUGUUCCGGAAUCGGAGACUGGCCCCGAAGUCAUUCUCGGUGCCCCCGAUGCCCGUGUUUCAAUCGUGACACCGACUCUGGAAAAUACCUCUGCAGAGCCCGCGACAUCGCACACAGCACCACCGACUAUCUUCAUCAGUCUACCUCCGUCAGACGAAAGAGAAGAUUAUUUCUCGCAGGUCUUUACCGAGCCUCGCAAAGUCUCUUUGGCAUCGAGUGCCACAGCCGUGGAUACUGGCAUAUCUCGCAGGCCCUCUUUGGCACCCACAAUCACGGAUGUCGCUGAUUCUCGUAAGGUCUCUGUGGCGUCAACCUCUACUAUGGUCGAUUCGGAGCUGCCAAUGACGCCCGCGGAGGAUCGCAAGAUGGGCCUGGGCGCAAUAGCAUUGGCAAAGUCUAUCAAUGCAAGAUUGGGCCGGUCAAGUGGAAACGGUGGCAAGCGGUUGACAAUGAUUGAGGACGUGGAAGGAGAGCUCCCAUUCACACCGGGAGCAAUGGUUGUGUAUUGAUUUACCUAUAUCGGACUGUCUUGAUCCGUUAUAAUGUACUAUAUAGAAACGUGGAUGAGAGAAAACGGAAGUAUAGCCAAC